AUCAGAUUUUCCUAACAAGCUUUAUCAUAUACUAGCAUAAACAUGGGUUCACUAUCCGCAGGAAGAGAUGCUCCACCUACUCACUACUCAUUCAAAAUUCAGUCCUUCUCAUCACUUUCAAAAGCUUCAAUAGAGAAAUACACUUCAGACAAGUUUGAAGCAGGGGACUACAAAUGGAAAUUGUCCAUAUAUCCAAAUGGAAACAAGAAGAGAAAUGGGGAAGGACAUAUUUCCAUCACUCUGGCUUUGGUGGACACAAGUUCUCUACCUGCCGGUUGGGAGGUCAAGGUCAUCUUCAAUUUCUUCAUACAUGAUCAAUUCCAUGACAAAUAUGUUAGCUUAACAGAUGCAGUUGGAGAAUUGAAGCGUUUCCAUGCAAUGAAAACCGAAUGGGGCAUAUACAAAUUUUUGAAACUUGAAAAUUUUACCGAUCCUUCAAAUGGAUACCUCGUCAAUGACAGUUGCGCAUUUGGGGUAGAGGUUUUUGUUCUGAAACAAACACGGAAAGAGGAGUGCUUGUCAGUGAUGGAAGCACCCGUGACCUAUACUCAUACCUGGAAGAUGAAAUCUUUUUCAAGUUUAGCAAUGGAACGCUAUGAGUCUCAAGACUUUGUUGUCGGAGAUCAUAAAUGGAGGAUUCGGCUCUACCCACGGGGAAAUGGUGAAGGGAAAGGCAAUAGUAUUUCAGUAUUUCUAACUUUGGAUAAUUCAACUCUUCCUCCCGAUACCAAACUAUUUGUUAGAUUCAAUCUGCGCACAGUGAACCAAAUGAAUGGGGAACACUUCGAACUUAAAGAUGAUAAUCACUUUAGCGCUUCAUGGUUGGUUUGGGGUUCUCGAAAGUACAUGUCAUUGGCUAAACUAAAUGACCCAAAACAUGGUUUCUUGGUCGACGACACUUGCAUCAUUGAAGCACAGGUUACUCUACUUGGAAUAGUGAGCCCAUUAUCUUAAAUUAAAAUGUUUCCUUUGUUGAAUCACAGUAUCUACAGAUUAUAUAAUAACGAAACAUAUGAAUUAUGAGA